GUUUUAAAACAUUUUUAAGGCGCAUGAUCAGUAGCUGCACCACUAGAAAGAUGGCGGAGCAAGAGCAAAGAAAAAUCCCUUUGGUUCCAGAAAAUCUCCUGAAAAAGAGGAAGGCUUAUCAAGCCCUCAAAGCCACCCAGGCAAAGCAGGCACUUUUGGCAAAGAAGGAGAAGAAAGGAAAAGGGCUCAGGUUUAAGCGACUGGAAUCAUUCCUACAUGAUUCCUGGCGGCAGAAACGUGACAAGGUGCGUCUCAGAUGACUAGAAGUGAAACCUCAUGCCUUGGAAUUGCCAGAUAAACAUUCCUUGGCCUUUGUUGUACGCAUCGAAAGGAUUGAUGGCAUGAGUUUACUGGUGCAGAGAAUCAUUGCAAGACUUCACCUAAAGAAAAUUUUUAGUGGUGUCUUUGUAAAAGUCACCCCCCAGAAUCUAAAAAUGCUGCGUAUAGUGGAACCUUAUGUAACCUGGGGAUUUCCAAAUCUGAAGUCUGUCCGAGAACUCAUUUUGAAACGUGGACAAGCCAAGGUCAAGAAUAAGACCAUCCCUCUGACAGACAACACAGUGAUUGAGGAGCACCUGGGGAAGUUUGGCGUCAUUUGCUUGGAAGACCUCAUUCAUGAAAUUGCCUUCCCAGGGAAGCAUUUCCAGGAGAUCUCAUGGUUCUUGCGCCCUUUCCACCUCUCAGUGGCCCGUCAUGCUACCAAAAAUAGAGUGGGCUUCCUCAAGGAGAUGGGCACACCUGGCUAUCGGGGUGAACGCAUCAAUCAGCUCAUCCGUCAGCUGAACUAGACCCAGGUGCCAAACUGCGGUAAAUUUUUUAUCAGUGAAGUGGAAGCAUGUGUUUUGUUUUGGGAAUUUUUAUCAAGUAUCUUCAGAGAAGAUUAUUUCCUGCUUUAUCUUCAGAAACUGGAAAGGAAGGGUCAAAGAAAAGAC